UCCGUUUGUGGGCUGUAAAUAUAGCCUUGCCUUGCUGGGCGGGUCUGGAGUGAUGCUGCUUGGGCAUAAAAGCCGUUUGGCAGACGUAUGGCGGGGCAUCCUGCUCAGGCACAGCGUCUAGAGGACAUACUACUACUACUACUCAGAGAGACCUUCUGGCUGCAAGGAUGCAACAGUCUUGCCCUUUACUAGAAGCCUACCUGGGGAAACCCUCCACGGAAGGGAUGGAAUACCUCAACUAUUACCUGGUGACUAAGAAAGAGCAAGCCAGGUGUCUGGAAGAGGACAGCAAGGAAGAGGAAGAUCUCGAGUCAACUGAAGGGCUGUUUUACUGGGAGAAGCUGGAGAGGCAAGCGAGGAUGGAGAGGAAGAAGAAAGGGGGGGAGAAGAUAAGGACCUGGGAGCCCAACAGCUGUGAAACCUUCAACGUGGCCGGACACGAUAUAUCCAUCAAGCUGUCCCUGGACUCAUACGGUGCCCUCAUCUGGCCUGCGGCCCGGGCUCUUUGUGAGUACUUGCAGAACAACAAGGAGGAGAUUGAUUUGAUGGACAAGGCGGUGCUUGAGAUCGGAGCUGGGACUGGACUGGUGUCCAUUGUGUCCUCUUUACUGGGUGCCUGGGUCACGUCGAGCGACCUCCCGGACAUCCUGGGUAACCUGAGAUAUAACCUCUCACGGAACACGCGGGGCCGGUGCCGCUACACACCCCAGGUGGCCGCCAUGGCCUGGGGCCACAACCUGCAGCGCAACUUCCCACACCAGGUGUUCCGCUACGACUAUGUGCUGGCCGCUGACGUGGUCUACCACCACGACUGCCUGGAUGAACUGCUGGCCACCAUGGAGCACUUCUGCCGCCCGAACACCACCCUCAUCUGGGCCAACAAGGUGCGAUUUGAGUCUGACCAGACAUUCAUCCAGCGCUUCAAGGAUACCUUUGACACGACUGUCCUCGCGGAGGUCCCUGAAGAGGGAGUAUUCAUCUUCAAGGCCACAUUCAAAACAAACUGGGACUGAAGGAGUGCCACCACGGUCCUGUCUGUGAGAUGAAAGGGACAAGAUUUCCUCCACCACGAAGGUGGCUGUUGCCCCAUAAUGCACGCUGUACCUCCUGUGGCACGCUAUAAUAGCCGUUGAAAUGUUAACUACUACCGUGGUACCACUAUGACCUGACACAGAGCCUUUAGUAAUGCACUAUCACUUGGUCAUUGCCAUUCUGGUAACGGCAAAUUUAUAACGCUGUGUCUUAACGGGUUAAAGCAACACUCAUUUGAAACCAGAGUUGUAUCAAGUUGAAACUUAAAAUUUGUUUCAAUAGGUCAUGGAGAUUUUCAUGACCUGGUCAAAGGCAACUUCUGAGUUUGCUUUGCUGCUCACCAGGGGCAAUAAAUGCACAGAGCUGGAUUGGAGAAGAGCGCCAUCUGCUGAUAUCUUAUAGGAAACACAAUUCCGCUUGCAACCUGAGGGGAAAGAGAAUGCGAAAAAAAACCCUUCUUAGUCCAGCUUUAAGAAAGUGUAAAGAGCCUGUCAAGUGAUGAACAUGACAACCUGUUACGAUGGACAGGUUAUACACUUAGCUGCUUUGAUAGCCCUGCUGAAAUCUACAGACGGCACGUAAGUAAAAAUCUAGUGUUAAUACAACACUAUUAUGAGAAGAUAUACAUGGUUGAAGAAGGUAGGUCUGACUCUGCACACAGUAGGAAUAAGUUCCAAAAAAAAAGUUUAUUAAAUUAAAACAGCAAUGUUUUGAUCACCCUGGAUCUUCAUCAGGCAUAUGGGUAACAGGAAGAAAUUGUGGCCUAUAUCACAUGACCCUUCAAUUUACACCCGCCCAGGCAGGGCACCUUUCGUUGCUGUUUUAAUUUAAUGAACUUUUUUUUUUUCUUUUUUUUAGCUUACUCCGCAGUGUGCAGACCUCCCUUCUUCAACUGUCUGACACUUCUGUUUAGUACCUGCAACAAGUGACUUUUGAUGUGCACACCCUACCCAAAACCAAGAUAUAUAGUAUGGUCCCAUUCAACUCCUCCGUUGAAUCAACAUAUGUCAAAUAUGCUCUAAAACUUGUGUUGGAUAAACAAUGAGAGUUGACUUAAACACUAAAUUGAUUGGGACCAUAUUCUCAGAAUAGUGUUGAAUGUUGAACACUGCAUUUUUUUUACGCUGUAUAGCUAGGUAUGCAGCUUUUUUUGUGUCUGGCAUUAUUUGUCAUAAAUAAUAAGAAAGAAGAUACAUUGCUGAUAGAAGUGCAUAAGUUCCACGUAAUCUUGAUUUGAGAAAUGUGCAACAGCCUUCAAAUACAAAUUCCUGAAUUAUUUUAAUGACUUUGCUACAGAUAUCUCAAAGAUGCUAGAUGUAGCUGAUCAACAAAAUGUUGGAUCAGCAAAAUGUGGAUAUAAACUAUUUUACCCUGCAUUGUUAUUUGUGUUAAUGCUAAACCGAAGUUUACAUAUUGUGUUAAACAGUACUAAAUAUGACAUGUAUUCCUUGUUUCUUUGUAACAAAGAUAAACCGAUUACUUUUGCAACUGCUUUCACACUAAACAUCAAUCCAGGACAGUCACAACUAGAAUCUUGACAGGUUGUCCCAACAAGAAGCAAACACUAGUCUGCGAAUUAAGCAAACUGCAGCUUUCACAGUAAGCUAAAUAUCUUUGUUACUUAUUUUGUGAUUCUUUGAAUAUGCCUUGAAAUGCACUAAACCUUACUCAACAUGGCAUUCCUUAUCCAACUUCUGAGGGAAAGCCAUGCAUGUUGGGUAACUACUUAUUUUUGGUUUAUUUAUUCUUUUUAAAAUGUGCUGUAUAACAUAGCACUGUUACUGUACUACGUUUUAUACCCGUGUAAUAACUAUAAUAAACUAACUAAAAUAAAAAUA